UGGUACCAAAAUGAAAUUAAGAAAAACAGAGAUUAAUUUAUUACCUCGGCCAGGCAAAAAUACACACAGAGACACGGUCGGAAGAAAUCAUCGUUCUUUUCUUGGAGAGAAAGAGAGACAGAGAAAUCGCUGUAGGACCUGAGCACAACAUGCAGGACCCAGAAAGCAUCCUAAAAUUUUCGGUCCUAUGGAGGGGGAAGAAAUUUAUUGUGGAAAUGAACUCUGGGGCUUCAUUACAAAAUUUUGGUUAUGAACUUCAGAAACUGACUGAUAUCAAAUCAGAUACCAUGCGGCUAAUUGUUCCGCAAUUUUCAAGCAAAAGCUCAAAGCUUUUGUAUCCGUUCUCAGAUGAACACUCAUCGAUUAAUGUCCAAGGAAUUUCCAUGGAUGAGGGUAAAACUAUCAGAUUGAUGGGAGUAUCCGAAGCUGAGGUUGAUGAAAUUCUGGAAAAUGAAAAGGUGGAUUUGCGGAUUGCUGGAUUUGAUGAAGAGGACAAGAGAUUAAGGAGGCGAAUGCUGGGUGUGCCUGCUGGCCUUAUAAAACUUCCACAAGGAGAAUAUAUUUUUGCUGAUUUUCGUACGCUUGAAAUACCAGGAGUGAAGUUGAACCCUCCUGCUUCAGAGGCAUUGAAGAGGAUGCACAUGCUUGCUGCAGAUCCUGGUAUUAUAGCCAUUAUGAACGAGCACCGAUGGCGGGUAGGAAUUAUGACUGAGAUGGCCCCGGUUGGUUAUGUCGGAGUGAGCCCGAAAUGUAUUCUUGGUUUCAACAAGAAUCAUGGAGAGGAGAUAUCCCUUCGUCUCAGGACUGAUGAUCUCAAAGGUUUCAGGAAGUAUGAAAGCAUUAAGAAAACUCUUCUUCAUGAACUCGCUCAUAUGGUGUACUCUGAACACGAUGCGAAUUUUUAUGCUCUUGAUAAGCAGCUGAACCAAGAAGCUGCAAGUUUAGAUUGGACAAGAUCACAGAGCCGAACAUUGAAUGGACCAAAGUCUCACAAUCAUUAUGACGAUGAGUACUACGUCAGUGACAUUAGCAAUCUUCCUCGGAAGCUUGGAGGGAAUGCUUCCGAACAAUUGGCAAGUGCUCGCGAAUCUUCUGUUGCUGCAGCAUAUCGGAGGAUGGCAAAUGCUCCCAUUAGCAAUGUGGUUACAAGUGAAGUGGAUGCAGAACCUGAUCCUGAUGACUCUAGAUUUUUCCCACCUAGGAAAGAGAGACCAAAUACUGAGAAUCUUCAUAAUCAAAAGAAACUUGAUGUUAAACCCAAUCCUGAUUUCUCUGAUACUUGGAUAGACUUUGAGCCUGAUCCUGAUGAGUCUCAUGGUACUAGCAUCAAGACAUAUCGUAAUCAAGCAAAACUUGACCAUGAACCUGAUCCUGAUGACCAUACUGAUAUCCGGAGAAACUCUGAGCCUGAUCCUGAUGACUCUCAGGGCACUGAUAUCAAGGGAGGAUUCACUCAGAGGGACGAUGGGAUAAUAAGUCCAGUUCCUCCAUUGUCUAUUGAUGAGAAAUCAUCUGAUUCUUGGGUGCUGAGAGAACCCAAUCCUGAUGAUUCAAGCAUGAUCGAGGACAGAGUCCAAUCCUGGGAAACCAUGAGGGAACCUGAUCCGGAUGACUCAGAAACAAAAGAGAAUGAUUUGGGACAUGGAAGUGAUGCAAAACCUGUAACUCUGUAUACGGAGCCAGAUCCAGAUGAUAGUUUGAUGGUCUCCCAGAAAGCAUCAGGAAUGCAGAUCGAUGAGCCUGAUCCUGAUGAUCAAGAAAUGUUAUCGAGGAUAGUCCAAUCCAGGGAAACCAUGAGGGAACCUGAUCCAGAUGACUCAGAAACGAAAGAGAGUGAUUUGGGAUAUGGAAGUGAUGCAAAACCUGUAACUGUGUAUGCAGAGCCAGAUCCAGAUGAUAGUUUGAUGGUCUCCCAGAAAGGAUCAGGAAUGCAGAUCGAUGAGCCUGAUCCUGAUGAUCAAGAAAAGUUAUCAAGGAUAGUCCAAUCCAGGGAAACCAUGAGGGAGCCUGAUCCAGAUGACUCAGAAACAAAAGAGAGUGAUUUGGGAUAUGGAAGUGAUGCAAAACCUGUAACUGUGUAUGCAGAGCCAGAUCCAGAUGAUAGUUUGAUGGUCUCCCAGAAAGCAUCAGGAAUGCAGAUUGAUGAGCCUGAUCCUAACAAUCAAGAAACGUUAUCGAGGAUACAGGACCCUGUCACUGCUCUUAGCAGUCGUAUGCAUAAGGCAAUUGAUAUGCUGCGGAAUGAAGUUGAUCCAAUUGAGGCUUCUAGAGUCCUGCAAACCCUAGUUAAAAUAAUCAGAAAUGUGAUGGAGCACCCAAAUGAGAUGAAAUAUAAGAGGCUUCGCAAGAGUAAUCCUAUCAUACAAAGGAAUGUAGCCAAUUAUAAAGCUGCCAUGGAAAUUAUGUCACUGAUCGGUUUCAACGAGGACAUUAUAUUGGAUGACACCGGCAAAGCCGAAACUUACCUGGUCCUGAAGCGCAAUGAUCCCGGGUUGCUGUGGCUCGCAAAAUCGUCCAUCGAGACGGUCCUGACCUGCUAGAGUUCGUCAAUUUGAAGUGCUUCUGCGUACAGGCUUAAUGCAAAUCUAAAUAAAGAUAAUUUCUGUACCAUAAAAUCAGUCUGUAUAACUUAUGUCCAUAUCUCAGUGACAUUGUAUGAUUGUGUCGAAGGUUGACUUUCUUGUAAAUUUUGUAAACAUGAUAUUGCUUUGGCGAAAUGAAAAUAUAGUGCGUUAUAAUUUCAUA